AUGGGCAAAAAGUCCCACAAAUCCCAAGCGGCCACCUCACAAGACAUGCAGGACAUUGGAGUGCUGCUACAACGCACACCAAGGCCCAGGGAGCAGGAUCAGACUGAAACAGGGGCCCAGGACCUUAAAGAGACAGGAGGGGUGAGUAACACCACACAAGGGCCACCUCCAACAGGGCUCCAGACAACGCAAACCUCGAAUAGCCAGGACCCUGCAACUAAGCAGGACAUCGACAACCUUUUUAACCGCAUCCAACAACUAUUCGCGGCAGACAUAGCUGUGGCUGACCUACAACAGCAGCUAACGGCAUUAACAGACACAGUUAAACAGCUACAGGGGUCCCACACGGAAACCUCGCUGAGAAUAGACGCUAUAGACGAAAGAGUACGCCAGAAAAAUAUCAAGAUACGAGGUGUUGCAGAAACAGUCACCCCUGAAGAAUUACCACACUUCAUAAGGAGAAUGGUGUUCAAACUACUCCCUGCGAAACAGGCCAAACAAUUCACGCAAGGUCCCCCAGGGCGCCAAAUACAGCUCCAAGGGACAUAAUCUUAUGCUGUGGGACGAGACAAGACAAGCAUGCCCUAUUGAAAGCAACAUACAACAAGACACCAAUGGACUGUGAGACUCACAAGAUCUCGUUUUUCCAAGAUCUUCAUCGUUCCACACUGACAUGGAGGAAAACGAUGCAACCCAUCACGCGAAAACUACAAGAUGGUCCACACCCAGAUCCCUUACGGUAUAUCUCAACGGCACACAGUUGAAGGCAACCGACGUGGCGGAAGCCACCACCUUCCUAGCAGCAGUGGGCAUCGAUGACACCACGCAAGAGCAGAGUGCCAGAGACACUAACAGGACUUGGGACAUGGAUAACAUUACCCCGUUCACGCCACGGAACGGUCAGGGUGAUGGGACUUAA